AUAUAUAAUGGCAUGUGUGCGCGUCGUUCUGGGGGUGUGGCCCCCGCGCGUGGUGUGAACUCGCUCUCUGUCUGGCUGUGUGGAGGGGAACGAGCGUUGCACAGAACACACGGCGAUCCGGCACAACGAGAGAGACAGUGAAAAGCGGAGCGAUGGCGUCAUCUCAAGGGAAAAACGAACUCCGAUACGCGGACUGGAUGGCAAGUUUACCGGAGAGCAUGCACAGCAUCCCGCUCACCAAUCUUGCGAUACCUGGCUCCCACGACUCCUUCAGCUUCUACAUCGACGAGGCGUCGCCGGUGGGGCCCGAGCAGCCGGAGACGGUGCAGAGCUUCGUCUCCGUCUUCGGCGCCGUGGCCAAGAAGCUGAUGCGCAAGUGGCUGGCCACGCAGACCAUGAACUUCGGCACGCAGCUGGAGGCCGGCGUGCGCUUCUUCGACCUGCGCAUCUCCACCAAGCCCCGCGACCCCGACAACGAGCUCUACUUCGCCCACGGCCUCUUCAGCGCCAAGGUGCGCGAGGGCCUGGAGCAGAUCAGCGCCUUCCUGGCGGGCCACGCCCGCGAGGCCGUCUUCCUGGACUUCAACCACUUCUACGGCGUGCAGAACCUGCACCACGAGAAGCUGGUGCGCAUGCUGCGCGAGGUGUUCGGCGACCGCCUCUGCCCCGCCCUCUUCGCCCAGGAGGUGACGCUCAAGUACCUGUGGGAGAAGGAGUACCAGGUGCUGGUCUUCUACCACAACCCCGUGGCGCUGGAGGUGCCCUUCCUGUGGCCCGGCCAGAUGAUGCCGGCGCCCUGGGCCAACACCACCGACCCGGAGAAGCUGGUCCAGUUCCUCCAGGCCUCCGUGGCCGACAGGCGGCGCAAGGGCACCUUCUUCGUCUCCCAGGUGGUGCUCACGCCCAAGGCCAGCACCGUCAUGAAGGGCGUGGCCAGCGGGCUGAGGGAGACCAUCACCGAGAGGGCACUCCCCCUGAUGAUGCACUGGAUUCGGUCCCAGCGUCCCGGGGAGAGCGGCGUGAACAUCAUCACGGCCGACUUCGUGGAGCUGGGCGACUUCAUCAGCGCCGUCAUCGCGCUCAACUACCUCUUCGACGACGAAGAGGAGAACGCCACCUGAUCGGGUGCCGGACUGGACGGGCGGGGAGGAAGAGGGGGUGGGGGGCACGACGGGGCGAGGAGGAAAGGGGGGGGGGGGGGGCGUAGGAGGGGGUUAACAAUUUGGGUAUCGCCCUUCCCUGUCGCUGUUCCAAAGAUGGUGUUUUUCUUUCCCGAACAGCCGCCAUGUUCUUCUCGAUCUUUUAGGGCUAAAGUACAGUCAGUACAGUCGGGAGAAAAUAGGAAGAGUCAAGUGAGGGGGGGGGGGGGGGGCGACUAACACUUCCUUUUCUUUCUUUUUCCUGGGCUGAAUUUUAAAAUGGAAUUUGUCUUCAAUCGUUGUUUUUGUUGGGCUUUCUGGUGGGGGUCGGUUGGGGCGGGGGGGUGGGGGGUGAUUGAUGUGACUGUGCUUCGCUUCUUGUCAGCCGCGUCGGUAGAACCGUUUUUCUCCUCGAGCGCUUUUUCCCGUCCUGUCGGGCUUUUAGGGAUUAAUCACAACCCUCCGCCCGGUGUGACCUCCAGGGUCCAGUGUGUUUCAGUGGAAAUCAGUCAGUGUGUGUGUGUGUGUGUGUGUGUGUGAUAAACGUACUGUAACGGUCACCCUCGCAGUACGGCAUCUAACUGUAAACCUCACCGUGUUCGUUCCGUAUAUUAAAGAAAAACAACAACAACAAAAAACAACAAAAACAAAAAAACGGUGUGAAGUACGUCUAACUGUAGAAACGCGAGUGUACCUGUGUGUUAUUUUUAUAUGUGUGGUGCAGUUGGGAGUGGAAUGAGAGUGAGUGUCACGCAGAUUUUUAUAGAAGAUCUCCAACGAGAAGCCUUUUUCCCGUCUGUCCGACCGUGGCAGCCUGACGCUUUGAAAGUGAAAACGCCAUUAGACGAGACCUCCGCGCAGCUCCAGAGUUGAGACAGAGACAAAGACAGUCCCCUUGUGUGUCUUCAAAUUUCAGUCCUCCAGUCAGCAUCUGGUAGAUAUUCAGCGUGACCUUGACGAAUGCAGACAGAUCCUCUCCUGUGAGGAACUUCAGUUAGCCAGUCUCCAUCUCCUUAUGCAAGAAAAUGUGAUUUGCGGUCGUCUAUCUUGAAUUAUCUCUGAGAAAUGUAAAUAAGAAGAUUAAUCGCACUAUGCUACAUGUUGCAAUUAUAAAUAUCAGAUUUCAUGGUAAUAAGUGUGAUAACCUGAACGGUGUCUGAAUUUGUCUUUCUUUUUUUACGCUCUUUUUCUUCAAUCACGGUGUAAAAAAAAAAAAAAAAACAAAACAGAUAUUUUUAGAUUUUAGGAGCCAAGUGUGAAUAUUUUCCCGAAAGGCAUGCAAUGAUGUGCUUACAGUUAAUUCAAAUAAAAACAUAGAUAACAAAUACUAAUCUCACGUAAUCUUACUUGGAGAUGAACUUAUUAUACAGUACCUGGGAUAUCUUGUUGUGAAACAGUGUUUGCCCUGUGCUUCUGGAAACUUCUCUGCAUAAAUAUAUCAGGGAGGCAAGGAAGGACACCAUCACAUCCCAUACGCAUUUCCUGUAAUUAGCGUAAAAUGCUAACAAACGUUUCUUGUAAGCAGCACUGUCAGUGUUCCUGGAACACACGCUGUUUUAGCAUCUUUUUGUCUCUCUCAUGUCCUCAAACGGACAUCUUUUUUUUUUGCAGCUUCCUCUUCUUUAACUGUUAAUCUUCAUCAAACACACCCUUCUGUCUGCUGUUCUAUUUUUGUGGGAGUGUAAACUCAGUUUUUAUUUGUCUAUAACAAGGAUUGGCUGGAGGAACAGACGGGGGGUGAGGGGGUGGGGUGGGGGGAAACACAUUUGCCUCAUGUUAGUGAUUUUUAAAAAUUCUUUAAAACAAAAACCCUUCAUAGCACUGUGUGUUCAUGCUGAUAAAAAAUCAUAUUCCUGUGUUUUCGCUGCAGCCUUGUCAUGCCAAUCAGCAUAGCCAGAGUACAUCCGACUCUGACAGACCAUAAUUCAUCUCAGAUGGGCGCGUAUAAACUCUGUUAAUGGGUAACGUUAAUGCGGAGCGCGGGAAAAGCACGGACAAUGAGCAUCCAUCGGAGAAUUGAUUUGAUGAAAAGGACAGCGUCGAUAAAGCCCUGCCUUCGCAAACAAGCCAUGUCAGGGAGUGUUAAUUAAAUGUUGUUCAUUUCAUUAAUGGUGGAAUAAUCCAUUGAACGAGGUUGCUUUUGCUCCUGCAAAGUAAAAAAAAAAGACUAAUUGUUUCAAUGUUUUUGAAACAAUGUUUUUGCAAUGCUUCUGGACCAUUAUUUACAAUAAAUCUCACCUAACUGGAAGCCGUCAGAACUCAAAAAUUUACUCCAAUGUUCAUAGCACUUAUAUAGAUUUGCAAAUCUCCUUAACCAGAUAAAAUUUCCUAAUUAAUUUCCUAAUUAUCAUAGUUUGUGAUGUCCUCCAGCUAAAAACCUAGAAUCUAGUAUUUCUGCUCUAGCACCACACAUUCAAAAAUUCAGCUCCAGGAUUUAAUUGUACAUUAAUAUGGAAAUAUCAAACAUUUAUUAUCAUCCUCAUAUCUGACUGUGGGUUGCUAUCUAAGCAUCUGUCUUUGCAGCACACGCGUCUGAUAUCUCAUGCCGAACGUCAAUAACGUGUUCAAGGGAAAUCAAUAGCUGGGACCUUGCUGUCAAGUGUUGACAGCUGAAAAGAUGAACGCGUUUCAGAAGCUCAGAGCCUUUGUAACUGCUUUGCCUUGAAUGCGCUGAUGGUAUAAAGUGAGAUUUCUUCUGCUUUAGUACAGGGCACCCCCCUUUUUUCAAAGGCACCCCCCCUGGUUGGUGUUUGAAAGGUAAACCUAGAAAACCUUGGCUGGGUUUGUUCGUCGUGUGUUUAGAAGGCGGUGUUGUGCUUGAGUCACAUUCCAUGCCCAUCCCUCUCUCUCACUCUCUCUCUCUCCCCCCCCCCUUUCUGUCCCCCCCCCCCCACCCCCCACCCCCUUCGCUCUCCCCUUUAACGCUGCUGAUCUCAGACCAGCGUGUAAGCGGUAUGAAAUUGCGUGAAAUAUAGCGCUCACUGAUCUCAGAUCAGGGGUGUUCCGCUCCCUGGCAGCCUAAUUUCCAUGGCAACGUGGAUAUCUGAACCGCACUUGGCACUUCAGUGCCCUCUAAUUUUUAUGCGUUACCUUUCUGGAGAUCUUUUUUUUUUUCCGCAGGGCCUAUAAUGGUUUCCGAGCUUCUUUCGUGAGGACCCAAGGGAAGGCAUCGAUCGUUUCUCGGAAACUCUCCCUUUCGUACGCGCGUCUGCGAAGAAAAAAGGUAUUAAAUCAGACUUUGCUCUUCCUAACAGAAGUCACGCAUGAGCCAAUGGGAUUGUGUCUCUGUGUGACCGCUCUUCUUUUCAAAUGUUUUACAUGGAGAAGAUCGUUCGCCAAAAAUCAGCAAAAUCUUGUAUUGAUUAAAUGGCAAAUGAGCGAUUCGGUCCUGAGUCAGGUCUGAAUAGCCCUUUUUUUUUGUCUCCAUCGCCUAGGUCUGUGAUGAAAGCUUAGGUUUAGUUUUCAUUGGCCGAAUAAUGCAGUUUUAAUGAAUUCAUUUUGUCCCCAAGGUGAAAUAAGCUCAAAAUUUAAUUUAGCUUAUUAAAGAAAUGACACCUCAUUUUCAAAGAUUUCAGGAGGUCACAUAUUUUGGGAAUGGGUUCUGAACCUCUGGUCAUGCUUCUCACAUAUAAUUGGAAUGCACGAGUCCAACCUUCGCAAGAUUUCGGAUUCCUCCACAACUUUUUAGUUGGAAUGUUGACCUUAAGUCAUAUAUGUGAUAAGUACUAUGGUAAGCAGUGUAUAAAACAAACUGAAACAAUAUAAUGUCAUCCUCCAUAAUGCUUUGCAUUUGCCUAUGAACGAUUAGUAAACUUGAUACGUACAUGUUCCAUACUUGCUACACACUAGAUGCAUGCUACAUACAUAAACAUGUUACAUACAUGCUUUGUGAUGGAUUGAGGACUACAUUCCUCCAGUAAUAUUACAGUGCAGUACAUGACAGUUGCCGUAUCGCUAUCUGGAAGAGAAUUAGUUAUGUGGGAAAGUAAUGUUAUAAUGACCAGUGUGCACCAAAAAAAGGUUUCAGCUCUACGGUCAAUACAGAUUGAACAACGGUUGUUUGAAACCGCUUGGUGUUUUCGAUUUUCUUUUUUCGUGAGUGCAUUUUUUGUAAGUGUAAAUACAACCGUUGUCUAAAGGUGAAACAGUGAAAGAAACUUUACGGUUAUUUACGUCUAUUUUCUCGUUUGUGUUUCAGAACAGAUUAGCAUUAUGCUCUCUAAAUGUAACUGUGUCAGGAAUGUUCUAAUUUGGGCGAAAUUCAAGUUAAGUCAAUCAAUUAAAUUCUCUUUAUGCCUUGCUGUCCUUCGGCAUUUCAUUCAAAAAAUCAUGAAAAUAACGCUUAAAGAAGAGAAGAGAGGAGAGAUAAUUGGGUCUGGUUAAAUUAAAGUGGUUUAUUUAGUCACUUGGCUAUUAUUACAUGAAUUUUCACUUGUUCUGCAACAAAACCAGUCACCAGAGACUUAAUUUAUCAACAUUGUUGUCCUGAGAAAUAUUUUCUAGUCAUACAAGAAGUGUAUUGAUUCUUUCCUGUAAAUGGGAACAAAAAAACGAAUGUAAAUGUUUAUGAAUUUCAUAUUUGUUUUAUGGGGAUUUUGCUAAAUAGAAAUGGACAUGAAGAAUGCUGAACUGCUUACGGUACGCUAGUCAAACUCAUCAGUUCAAAGUUUUUUUUAAUGACAAAAAUACAUUUUCAGUCUCUCUUUGUAUUUUAUACUUUUCACAUCUUCAGCUGAACCUUUGCCCCUGAAAGCUGUAUCUGAAACAAAUUACAUUUCUGCCACCGAACACCCAUCAGUCUCUCAGUCUCUCUCUCUCCCUUUCCCUCUCUCUCUUUAUGUUUCUCUCUCUCUCUUUCCCUCUUUCUCUUUCUCUCCCUCUCUGUCUCUGUAUGUGUGUGUGUCUGUGUGUGUUCAUGUAUGCACAUGUGUGUAUGAUAUCCACUGCUGUAAAAUUGUUGUAAAAAUUGUAUCUUGUGUGUAAAAAAAACAAAAAAAACUGAAACUUUAUUUGUUGUAAGUGGAAAAAGACAAAUCAAAUAAAGAUUCUAUGCUUGUAUUUGAAAA